AUGGUACCACGCAAAGUGUACAAUAUGUGUCAAGGGCAGACAGUUACUUCAGAAUUAGCCCUUGACCCAUCGCAGUGUCCACAGAAAGUCUUUCAUAAGUUGUUUGAGAGUCAUCAUGCGUCGCAUACAUAUGACGGUGCGGAAGAAUCAGAUGUCAACAGAGCGUCCGAAUGGGAAUCGUUAAAUGAGCUGCAGAAAGCUCGCACCUGCGGGAACUUUGGGUCUGUGGAAACGAGUGAUCUAUUUCUAAAGGUUUAUCAUGACGCGUUAUGUUGUUUAGAAAAGAACCCAAUGUCAGGGGUUGUAUCCCCCCAGCUGCUGGGGAGCACAGGAGUUCUACCACUGACAAUUGUCGCCCCGUUACCUGAUCUCUGCCGUCAUUUAGCUAAUUGCAUUGUGCGCGCCGAACAUGAAAUCUUUUUGGGUACCAAUUUCUGGAUCCACUCGGACGCAUCCACAUUAGUGACGAAUGCCAUCCGCGAACUUUCCAAACGCGCAGGAGAAAGGGGACAGAAAAUAGUUAUGAAGAUGAUCUAUGAUCGCGGAGAUCCUCGUCAGGCAUGGGACAAUAGAUUAAGUGUCCGCGAGGACCAAUAUGUCGGCGGAAAGGUGAAGUUACCUGCCGCGAGCGAGAUACCCAAUAUCGAGCUCCAAGUCAUCAAUUUCCACAGACCUGUCUUUGGGACGUUCCAUGCAAAAUUCACUGUUAUUGACCGGCGCAUGGCUCUCAUACAGAGCAGUAACAUUCAAGACAACGACAAUCUCGAGAUGCUGUCUCAUAUCGAGGGCCCGAUUGUUGAUUCUUUCUAUGAUGCCGCCUUGCUAUCGUGGGGAAAGGCUCUCGAUCCUCCAUUCCCACUUCUGAACUCUCCAGCGAAAGAGGCUCCGAUACCAUGUCACGAAGAAAGGAAUGGUGGUAUUUCUACGGAGAAUGGAGAUAAAGCUCUUCCUGAGCAUACUACCAACUCUCCGCAUUACGAUAGGGACUUUGAACAAGAAGCCCGGAGAGUCAACGAUUGUAUUCAUCCACAAGGCGAUGAAACACGCACACAGGCUGUCAGCCGUCAUCUCAAUACAACUAUUCAGCCUGACACCACAGGCGAUGCGCCAGACAGCGACCAGGAUAAUACAUUCAACCCUUAUAUGGUCCUACCUCGACACGAGCCAUUCCCAAUGGCAUUGGUAAACAGAGAACCAUUUGGAUCCCCAAACCACAGCAGCAUCCACACCCCGCAAAAUGCGGCAUGGCUAUCCGCAAUCAACAACGCCCAGCACUCAAUCCUCAUCCAGACACCAAACAUGAACGCCGAGCCUCUAAUGGAACCCCUCCUCAACGCCGUUCGCCGUGGUGUCGCGGUAGCCUGCUAUCUCUGCCUUGGCUACAACGACGCAGGCGAGCUCCUCCCAUUCCAAAACGGAACCAACGAAAUGAUCGCAAACAGACUGUACAACUCCCUCGAAACCGACGAAGAGAAAUCCCGUCUACGGGUAUGCUAUUAUGUCGGCAAGGAUCAGACUCGUCCUAUUCAUAAUAGCUUCAAGAAGCGGAGUUGCCAUAUUAAGUUGAUGAUUGUUGAUGAGCAGAUUGCGAUUCAAGGCAAUGGAAAUCUCGACACGCAGUCAUUUUUCCACAGUCAGGAAAUCAAUGUCCUUAUUGAUUCCGCGCUCGUUUGUCGUGCUUGGACGGAGUUGAUCAAUCGCAACCAGAAUACUGCCAAAUACGGGGCUGCAAGUACAAUGGAUGGCUGCUGGCAUGAUCCCGAGACUGGUGAGAUUCCAGAGGGCUCAAUGGGAGCUGUAAGGGGUCGGUUUAGUUGGGCUAAGGGAGCUGUUGGCGCUGUGCAGCGAGUGAGAGGUGUUGGUGGAUUCUAG